UUUCUGGAUCAACAACUAGACAAUAGGCUCAUACACUGCAAUGACGUGUGCGUAAACGUGUUUCUUUUUAGAAGUUCUUCUUCAUCAUGUCAACGCUUUUUGAUUUAGAAGGAUUGUAGGAGAAUGGGGACGUUGGAUCAAUUAGCUUCAUUAGAGCAUACCAUGCAAUCCUCUUACAAUCAAACAUACCAAGAAGAAUUAGUGUGCCGAAUGAUAAGAUAUCCAUGGAUAUUAAUAGUCUCUUUAUUAAUCAUGAUGGUUAUAAUGUCUGCAGGUGUCAUAGGAAACGUCCUAGUUUGUAUCAGUAUGUAUACCUGUCGUUCAUUACGAACAGCCAACAAUGCUCUUCUUUUGAAUCUAGCUGCAGCUGAUCUAUUCGCUUGCUUCCUUUUCACACCGUUACUCUUCACCCUGGUCAUCCAAUCCCUCGUUUCAUAUAAAGCGGUUAUGCCGCGGUUUUUAUGCAUUUCUCAAGGUUGGUUGCGGUUCGUUUGCAGUUCAGUUCAGCAGAUCACAUUAUCAUCUAUCAGUGCACAGCGGUAUGCUGCUAUAGCUCACCCAUUAAAGCGGAAAGGAACUAAAGAAAGAGUCUUAGCUGCAGUGGUUAUCUCAUGGCUGAUAAGUGCGUGCAUUUCUAUUGCAGCUAUUCAAUUGCAAUCCUCACCUAUUUAUGAAUUAUGUCCUUGUAGCUUAGGCUUAGGCUCUGGAAUACCGACCAACUUAGUCGACAUGUACCUACUGGGCCCUCUUGGCAUGAUGUGCUUUCUUAUAGUAAUAUUCUUUUAUGCCAUGAUAUUCCGAACAGUCCGGAAGCACGUAAAAGAGAAGGUCGGCUCGUCCUAUGAACCAACCUCCUCGGUCACUACCGCCAAUAAGCGAAUACUACCAUUGAAGUGCUGUCAGAUGUGCGGAUUUAGAGGAGGCCUGAAGACAAAUGUUGUGGCACCUAUUAUUGAUGACCAUAACUCAACGGAAUUACCUAAACACGAUCUCCUCCAGGGAAGUAGUUCUCUAGAAGCUGCAGAGAGGCAACACACUAGUAAUAUGUCUAUUCCAGAGGUAACAAGUGAUGCAUAUUUACAACACAUCGUGACUGAUACUGAAAAUAUCCAUAGUAACAAUUCAAUGCCUCAAGAAUAUCAAGAGUAUGUAAACCAUAGUCAUGGGUCCUUUAACUUAUUGGAUCAGCAAGGAUUGGAAAGAUCUGACAUUUUCUCUGGACCAGAUGGGACUGAAGAUAUCGGGGAAACAUACAGCAACUUUUUACCAUCAUUAGAGACUAAAGCAGGUGAUGACAACUCUGACAUGAUCCCAGAAAUAAACUCGACAUACGACGUUUCAAAUACCAAUGAAUUAAAUAAUGUCAGAGAUUAUGAACAGGGCAUGCUUGAUACCGAGGGUGGAGCUAAAGUAGAGAUAGAUACUGAUAAACCAUGUGAAAUUCAAUGCGAAAAGCUUGAGGAUGCGCCUGUGUUGACUAUGGGACAGCGCGAGACACAACUGGAUGAGCUUUCACAGAGUGCAGUAGACAAUACUGCUCGAGAGACAAACUCGAAUGGCUUGGUCCAAUGUGAAGAUGUUCAAGACAAUGUAGAGACUCAUCACGUCCCUCACAGUGAUUCUACUGGUAAUGUUCCAUCAGUUGAUGGGGAUAAGGUCUUGACCAAAGGAAACACAAUAUGGCUAGCUAGUGAAAUACUACCUGGUACUUCCAUUUCCGUCCAAGAUGCUUCUACCGUGACAAAGGAAUUAUCAACAAAGAUCUACGGAGAUGUGUGUUUGAUGAAUCCUAAAUCGCGCGAAAGGGGCCGACGAAAAAUUGAGGCAAAGACCGCUAAACGAGCUUUAUUCAUUAUAGCUGCAUUCAUCAUCUGUUGGUUUCCAAUGAGUAUUAUAACUUACCUUGAAAUCAGUAUGAAUCUUCCCGUCGAGGUGAAGAUUUUAGUUUUAACUUUAUCCUUCUUGAGUGCUGUUAUCAAUCCCAUCAUUUAUACAUUCAUUAACACGGCAUACAGGAACGAGUUCAAAAGACUCCUUAAGAAAAUAUACCAGAGAUAAUCAUCAUUGGGAAGGAUCGUUUGGAUAAAGAAUUUUGAUCUGGAUUUAUGCCUCUAAUUAUUACAUCCUUAUUAGACUGAGCCCUGAAGCAACAAAUCUCUCUGAUUUAUAUACUGAUUUAUAUACACGGCAGGAUAUUUAUCAUCAAAGAAGAUGAAAAUGAAUAUGUAGUACAGGUAUAACGUUUGAUUUUAUGUAUUCUUUUAACUUAUGUAAUUAUUGACAUGAUGGAAUUCAAGUAAAUGGCUUUAUAUAAUUUGUAUAAUGUGAAUGCCAUUCAAUUGUUCUUUUUAUUGUGUAAAUUGUCACUAACAUGACUUAAGUACCAUCCAACAUACCCAUGGUGAUGUAUGCUGUUUAUGAAAACAAUGCAAAUAACCCUCCUAAAUUCUGUAAGCUUGUGUGAGUUGCUGGUUCGAUAAAUAAACAGAACUCAAGAAAGUGGGUGAUUACGGGAUGGUGAAAUUCAGAUUUGGUACAGAGAGAGAGAGAUGAUCAAUGGAAAGGGGGAAGACAAAUAGAAAAGAAGAUGAUCCGACCAUCUUUUUUUCAAUGUCCUUAUUAUCUCUUAUUUCAUCCUCCUCGUGAAUCCGAUGCCACUAUACCCCCAUCCAUGACACUACGCCUGCACUACGCCACGAACAUUACCUCACUAAUUUCCAUUUCUUUUUUUCCUUGCAGACUUUGUUGUCACAAAUGAAGUUAAUUUGACAAAGUACAUGUCUUUAAAGGUUAAUAAUUGAGGCUAAGAGGGACACACAUCGAUCUUAAUCUUGACUUAAUCUUGACUUAAGCACACUGUAACUAUGUCAGUGUCAUAUACUAUCAGCGUUAUCCCUGAUAUUUAAAAGUUAAUUCUUCGUCCAUUUUGAUAUUCAUUGUGGAGAGACUUGAAAGACAUUCACACAAUUCAGAUCCAUUAGCGUCGUUUGAUUAUUCUUAAUUAUAGUUUUGUUUUACUGUAAGUUACAUGGAUGAAUAUUGUGUUGUAAUAGAAAGAUUAAAAGAGAUAUCUCAAACUGGUCAACAAUGAUCGAUGUCUUUAUUAUCAUGUGCUUUUUCUGUUCCAAGUCGAUGACAACGAUACUAACCCUUUCAAUGCCGUCGGCAGUUUGAACAACCCAAAGUUAAGUAUCUGUGUUUGAAACUGGAAAAUCCUGUUUUUUUACGUUAUUAGAUAAUUGACAAGAUUCAUCUCAUUUAAUGUUUGUCUGACGGAUAAUGUUUUGUAUGUGGAAAAGGAAAAGGAUUUCCUUUCACAACAAUUUGAAUA